UUAGAUAAACAAAAACCAUCUUCACCAAAACUACCAUUCUUUCAAAAUUGCAUUUGACUUCUUGUUGCGGUACCACAAUAGUAUUUCUUUAAAAUCUCCUUCAAAAUGAAAAAUUCACAACAUGGAUGAAGAUCCCCUUCUUCCCAGAAAAACUGGAGAAGCAGCAACAUCAUCAAACAAAUCACCUCUAAAAAAACUAGCUUCUGCAAUCACCCUCGACAUCAUCCCGGCUUGGCAGCCGCAGCAGCAGCAACAAUCGAAUAACUACACAAUCAACAACGACGCAGUAAUUCGCACCCCCACAACAUCAUCAAAUUCAGUUUCUUUUAUAAACCUUCUAGCCAACUUGAACAGAAAGAGAAGAAGACUCACCCGGCGGUCGAAUUCCGCUCCGUGCGUCAUUACCGAUGCCAAAGAAGAUUUCCACGACGACUUGGACCCAAGCCCUGUGAGAAAAACACCUUUAAUUGUAAGGCAAGCAUUCAUUGGAGUGGUUAUAUACUCGAUAAUCGGCAUCUCGGUAUACCUAUUGAAGAGCGAAAGUUUUAAGGGGAAUGCCACGGUUAAGCCGGUGGAUGCCUUGUACUUCACCGUUGUCACUCUCUGCACCAUUGGGUACGGUGAUAUCGUACCCGACACGACGUUCACUAAGCUAUUUACUUGUGCUUUCAUCCUAGUCGGUUUCGGGUUUAUCGAUAUAUUGCUCAGUGGUUUGGUUACGUAUGUUCUUGAUAGGCAAGAGGCGGUUUUGCUGAGCACAAUGGACGCAAAUCGACUCAACUCGAUGGUUAGGACAUACAUGAUUGACACUGCAAAGGGGAGAAUGAGGAUACGAAUAAAAGUGGGUUUGGCUUUGGCAGUAGUUGUAGGUUGUAUUGCUAUAGGGACGGUUACGGCACGUUAUUUGGAAGGAAUGACUUGGGUUGAUAGCUUUUAUCUAUCGGUAACGUCUGUAACGACUGUGGGUUACGGGGAUUAUGCGUUCACCACGGCUACAGGGAGGGGUUUUGCUAUAAUUUGGCUAUUAGUGAGUACAUUGGCUGUUGCCAGGGCAUUUUUGUAUCUGACCGAGCUCAGGAUUGACAAGAGGAAUCGGAAAAUUGCGAAGUGGGUUCUUCAAAAGAAGAUGACUCUUGGGGAUUUAGUGGCUGCAGAUCUCGACCAUGAUGGAUCCAUCAGCAAGUCUGAGUAUAUAAUCUACAAGCUCAAGGAAAUGGGGAAAAUAGCAGAGAAAGACCUCAUGCAAAUAUCCAACCAGUUUGACAUGUUAGACAACACUAACUGCGGCAGACUUACCAUUGCUGAUCUCAUGGAAAGUGACACUGAUUGAUCUGAAGGUAGUCUUCUUCCAAGGGAAAACCACAACGUCAUGCAGACGUUUUUGGUUGGAGCUAAUUUUCCUGGAGCCUCCACAUUUGAGCACACCAGAAGAAAAACAGCAUGAGAAGACCUAGCAUUCAUUAAAUGUACAUUAACGAAAUGGUGAUGUUAGGACUGUACCUUUUAUAACUUCUUUACUGAUUAGCAGAAGACCGAUCAAGAAAGGAUUCCCAGUAAUCUUGUUUCAGUCUACUACUUGCCUCCAUCCAUCUGGUAAUGGAGAAUGUACAUCAGAUGUUCAUUAUUACAUUUUAUUUAACUUCUUUACAGAUUAGCAGAAGACCGAUCAAGAAAGGAUUUCCAGUAA